GUGCAGUGGGACAGAACGAGACGGAAACUGUGCGAGAUGAGACAGAUUCACACAGUCACCGACAGGGAGGAGGAGUUUGCAGUGGCUUAUGGCAAAAGUAAAAAAUGUGGAAUUUCGACAUCAAGUAGGACGAAUCAUAAAGUCUCCAUUGCAUGCAUUUUCCUCGCGCGUUCUGAUCUCCGGGAGAUGAUGAUGGUGAUAUGACGCGGCUGCAGUAGCAUCGGCAGUGCCAGCAAUAUAACAGUGGCAGAAUUCGAGGGUUCCGGUCUCUCCGUGAUGACGACGGUGGUGGCAGUGGUUGUUGUUUUCGAAUUAACAGAGUGAUUUUUAGUCACUGAGCUGAUCGAGACGGGCGCGUAUGGAAAAUUCCGGAGACAGUGAUUGAGCGAUAUUGAGCCUUACGGGAUCACAGGCGAACGAAGUUCACUGAAACCUAAUCAUCGAAUGUGUGAAAUAAUUUCCAAUCAAAUUCGUGUGAAUUGCGUGAAAAAAUUAAAUCUUCGCAUUUUGACUUCCGCUUAGAGCAAACGAGAGCAAGUGUUAGUUGAUUGGCCUGUUCAGAGUUCUCGAGUGCUGCAAUGGAAUAAAUUGAACGGCUCUUCCUAUGACAGUUGAAACUACCGUCGAACACGACGAAUCGGAUUGUGAAUCAUUCUUUCAAAGUGAUUUCUGAGAUAGCCUGGAAAGGCUUUUGUGCGAAAGUGUUAUUUUAGGAAGAAACAGUGCUGCGUUUCGCGGUUUAUGCGAAUGAAUGUUUUCCUUUCGUAACAUGGAAAGCUCGACGAUUCUGCAGGAUACCAAAACAGGUUUCAACAAAUCAUCCAUCGCAGAUUUCUAUGACAAGCUAGAGAAGGAUGAAAAUGGUCUGCCAAGUAGUCGUGGUUUUGGACUAGAUGACUCCGGCCACGUUGGCUUAGUAAGGACUGAAAAUGGACUGGCGGGAAAGUCUGAACACCGAGGAUCACCUAUUUCCUGCUAUUCCCCACAAAAUCGACUGCUUUCUUGGCCUUCGCAACACCUGACUCCUACCAGCGAGGGUGGAACAGUGAGUGCGCGAAAAGCGCAAAAUCUAGGUCUGAUUUGUGUUGUUUGUGGGGACACCAGUUCUGGGAAGCAUUACGGCAUUUUAGCGUGUAAUGGAUGUUCCGGAUUUUUCAAGCGCAGUGUACGGAGGAAACUUAUCUACAGAUGUCAAGCUGGUACAGGAAAUUGCACGGUUGAUAAGGCACACCGGAACCAGUGCCAGGCUUGCCGACUGAAGAAAUGUCUGAAUAUGGGAAUGAAUAAAGACGCUAUUUCGCAACCGAAGGCUGGAACUGGCAGGGGAUUGAGUUCAAUGCUACAAUAUGCAGCGGUCCAAAAUGAACGACAGCCACGCAAUACGGCAACCAUCAGACCAGAAGCCCUGCGGGACAUGGAACAGGGACGUGCCCUGCGAGAAGCCGCCGUUGCGGUUGGCGUUUUCGGCCCUCCCGUAUCGCUGGCGCUGCUGUCACCCUCCCGCUACGGUCCGAGUAUCCUGCCCGGUCCGGGUCUUCCCACUAGUCAAUUUUUGCAUCAUCACAGUCAAGUUUCGUCGCUAGUCAACAGUCUUCCCCAUCACCAUCCGCAUCAUCCACAUCACGCGAUGCACGGACUGGCGAAUGGACUGUCCUUGGGCCUGAACGGAGUCAACGUAGCUAGUCACAACGUUUCCGCUGUUGCUGCCAUGUCGGUCGCCGCAGCCAAUAGUCAUAACGGCAGUAGCAACAAUAACAAUAACAGUAAUAACAACAACAACAACAGUCCGCUGGUCAACAACAACAAUCUCAGCUCGACAGAAAAUCUCAACAACACCCAAUCUUCGAAUCAUUCCAAUGCCAGCGAACAACAUUCACCCGUCGGUGAAGCUUCACCGAUGCAUCAGAACUCGAACGGUGCAACGUCGGGCUGUCUUAACUCGGGCGGUGGACAGGAGAGCUCUCCGGUCAAACAGCACAUCCACAGCAGUUCGUCCUGUGGAUCCGCGAGCCCGGUCCUUCAGGAAGACAACGCCAAUGACAACGAUGAUGAUUCAAUCGAUGUUACCAACGACGAAGAUGCAGAUCCUGUUCAGAACAAUUCGAGUAUUCCCAGCUUAGUAAAUCAUCCACUGUACGGUCAAAGUCCGAUGUUCAACUUCCAGGAAACAAUCUACGAAACCAGUGCAAGGCUUCUGUUCAUGGCUGUCAAGUGGGCUAAAAAUUUACCCAGCUUCGCAAGUUUGACAUUUAGAGAUCAGGUUAUCCUGCUGGAGGAGUCAUGGGCUGAACUAUUCCUCCUGAAUGCGAUCCAGUGGUGCAUGCCAAUCGAAACAUCCGCCUGCACGUUAUUCUCGCUAAAUGAACAUUGUUCUAGUGUCAAUAAUUCUGGUGUAUUCAAGCCAGGACAACUGGCGCAAGAUUUGCGGGUCCUGAAUGACACACUCUGUCGCUUCAAAUCAGUGAUGGUAGAUCCAGCCGAGUUCGCUUGUAUGAAAGCGAUAGUCCUCUUUCGAUCGGAAGCCCGCGGACUCAAGGAUCCGGUUCAGAUAGAAAACCUGCAAGAUCAAGCCCAGGUCAUGUUGGCUCAACACUCACGGACUCAGUUUCCCGGACAGAUCGCUCGCUUUGGCAGAUUACUGCUGAUGGUUCCUUUGCUGAGAAUUAUCAAUUCUCACAAAAUCGAAUCUAUCUACUUCCAGAAGACUAUAGGAAACACCCCGAUGGAGAAAGUACUUUGUGAUAUGUACAAAAACUAACGACCUGUCGGAGCAUCACUCAUGCUGUCGAUGCGGAUCUGUGAAUAUAGCAUAAGACUAGCCUAAAUAGUUUCGAGUAGAUAAAAUAACCACCCCAUAACCCACUGACCGGUUCACUUGAAAUUACUUAAAUGAACGAUUUUGUGAAAUAUUUGACAAUUCAAUUGAACGUUAGGUCGACAGUUUGAUCGUAAAAACUAUCUCAAUAAUUUGGACCACUUGUGUGAUUGUUGAACUUUGUUUUAGACCUUGUAGGGCAUAUUUGUACAGUCGGGGUUAUAUCUGUAAUAUUUGCUCUUAAACUAGUAUCACAUUUGCCAACCCGUGCAUAAAUUGACAUGUGUCACGUGCAAAUCCAACGCGUAUAAGUUUUACCACUAUUCUGUAAAAUUCAACUCCGAACAGAUUUCUACAAUUGUGGUUUAUUUUCAGAUGCUUGUUGUGAUAGUUAAAUGGUGCACAUAAAAGUUUAGAUGUUUUAUCUGUCGACCAUAACGAACUCAGUUGCAUUCAGUUUACUUUUCCAGGAUUUUAGCAUCGACCAGGCCAAUUACGGGAUAUUAAAAUGUACAAGUUGAACACAGGAAGUGUAGGAAAAAAAACUGCAAACGUGCAAUGAAUGUAAAUAGAUGUAUGCAUGUGUAUGAAAGGAAAUUCGUUUUCCUGACGGUAUGCUUGUCAACUGACUACAGUAGCUAUAAGAAAAUUCUUCGGAAUCCAAAUACAAGGUGUUGUAGACGUAUUGAAUAAAUUUGA